UCUGUGUUAUUAUUCACUGACCUGUAGAUUUUUUGCUUUGUUUGGCAGGUGGGUUGGUGGGGAGGUAAAAGAAGGAAUAAAAAGUAUUACGAGCCAAUUCAACUAGAUCAUUACGAAUAAUUGUGCAUACAUUAGCAGGAAAUAAAGGUACAAAUGUGUUGAGAUUUAGAUGUUUCUUUUUACAGUUUUCUACCUUGGUUUUGAUUGACGUUUUUGCCAGGUGUUUCUAAGGCUUUACUCAACUUGAAUAAUAAACAUUUCAUAAGUAGGCUAGAAGCAAGGCAGAUAGCUAUAAUAAAAAUGAAAACAUUAAAAUAUAUUAAAUCCAAGGUUUCUCCUAGUCUCACUUUUGCUUGCCGUACAUGUUCUGAUAGUUUUUAAUAAAUAAAUUUUGGAAACACCUAAAUAUGCUGAAGAACAAGUAACACAAAGGCCACAUUGCAAAAUUGUUGGACGCCCACAUAAGUCUCUCUUUUACACUUAAAAUCUAUAAUGUUGUGCUGACUAUGAUAAGUGAUUUGCCUAUGUCAAAAUAUCAUCUUCAGACACAUAACAGGAUAUAGGUGUUGAUGUAGGUAUCAGCAAAAGCAGACUUUUAUCAGAUUACUUUGAGAUAUGACGUGUUAAUAAAUACAAAUUACAUGGCAGCUGAAUUUGACGAAAAACAAACUAAAACCGAAGUCUGUUUGUCCACAUAAAAGGGAUUCUUCUAUCAAAUGUUCAUUUAAACAAAAAAAUUGUAAGAGUUGAUUAGCCUUACCCUCCCAUAUCAGUUAUCAGAGGUAUUAUGACCUGCUUGACUUAGUCACAGCCACCAUGAACUUUGCCCUUCUCUGUUCUGCUUUUGCAUUAUCGACCGGUUUGAGGCAAAGUCCAGCUCAUGGGUCACACAGAGACACUUUGUCACACCAAAACACCCGACAAGCAAGAAGAGAGAGGAGGAAAGAGAGGAGAAUGGAUACAACGUCGUCAUUCUUCAAGUCUGUGACCAAACGGGUCUGGUCCCCGCCCCAGCGACCUUUCAGAAUCUGCUGCAACAGAAGGGAGACCAAGAAAGGGAUCACUGCAGGAACCCUGGAGGAGCUGAAAGAGAGGGUGUGCCAGGCUUUGUUGCUGACCAUUUCUGCAGCAUCCGUGUACCUGGUUUGUGAGGAGGACGGUACAGAAGUAGACUCUGAUGAGUUCCUCAUGACCUUACCGGACAACACUGUGCUCAUGGCCCUGGAGCCAGGACAGACAUGGAAACCGCAAGCGGGUGCAGUUGUGCUUAAAAACCACGACAAGCCUCGCACCGGCAGAGACAUAGCACGAGUCACCUUUGACCUUUACAAGAUAAGCCCCAAGGAUGUGUUUGGCUCGCUGAGUGUGAAGGCCACAUUCCAAGGCCUGUACUCUGUGAGCGCCGACUUUCAGUGUCUGGGGCCCAAGAAGGUCCUCAGGGAAGUGCUGCGUCUCGCCUCCACCCUCCUUCAGGCCGCUGGGCACCUGCUUAUCACCUCUGCAUCCAUGAUCCGCCGCGUCAUCGAAGGCACUGAGCUCUGGCAGCCGCAGAGGGCCGAGUACGCAGCCACCUGGCAUUAAAACCCCGACCCACAAUGAAAAUGUUUUGACUUUUCCCCUACAAUUGGACAUUUAACUGGUUAACAGUUUUACAAAUAUGAUUUCCUCCUUAAGGGAAUCUGAAACAACCACACAAUAUCAACGGAUGCAUAAUUUUGUAUUUUUAAUGAGUGAGUAUUCAUUCUUUUAGAAUAUCUUGAAGGUGUUGUUUAUGAUUGAAACAAGACCUUGGUGUUUGACCUCAGGGAUCUUUUGAGGCCUGCAUGUUGACUACAUCAUUUACAAUGAUUUGUGGCAUGACAGUAUUUCUUAAGCCUAAAAGUGAAAAACAGGUUGGAGGGAGGGGGAAAAAAGCAACAGUCAGAGCAGCACUAUGUAGCUUAAUAAGAAAAUAAAUGCUACAUCAUUGUUAUUGUUUUGGAAAUUAUUUUGUGCAAUAUAUUUAUGUAAUAUAUUUGAAAUGUCCUAUUUUUAAAAAAAAUGAUUUUCUUUGUAAAUGUUUCUUGUAUAUGGCCAAUUAUUCCAGCAAUCUGUCAAAUAAUUUUUUUUUAGAAAUGUGAUGCUUUAGGUCAAUUUACCAAAUUAAAAAUGUUAACAUUCAUAUAAAUUAAUCAAAAAUAUGUGUAUGGUAAAUAUAUGCAAGUAACUGAUUAAAUCUUUAAUUCA